UGAGUCUUUAUUGCACCCACUUGCACUAAAGACAUCUGGGACCACUUGUUGUCGCGGGGAUAGAUCCCGUGUACAAUAAAAUCGAGAACUCAGUUUUGGCCACUUAGAGUUUUCGUAUUUACUUUUAGUUCACAAUUUUUAUAAUUAUAAUUUGACAAUUAAUAUAAUUAUCUAUCAAAAUGCAAAUUAAAUAUCUUUUUUUAAUUUUAAGUUUUUCGACAUUGUCUAUUUUUGCUGAGGAAAUACCGGAAUUUUUAAAUAUUUGCAAAAGAAAUGAUCCUAACUUGGAAUUAUGUGUGAGAAAAAGCGUGGAAGCCCUCAGACCAUAUUUGAAGACGGGAGUUCCUGAUCACAACAUUCCAAGUUUAGAACCACUUUUAUUAAAAGAGUUGACAGCUUCUCAGGGAACUGGCAUGAAGAUAUCUGUGAAAAAUGUUAAAGUGUUUGGAGCGAGUUCCUUUAAAAUAAAAAAAUUAAAAAUAGAUCCCAAUGACAUUCGAAUUGGCGUUGAUCUGGAACUACCUAAUUUAAACAUUGAAGGACAGUAUGCAAUUAAUGGUAGAAUUUUAUUACUGCCUAUUCAAGGCGCAGGACCAAUGAGGGCAAAUGUUACGGAUGUAGGUGCUGUUGUCAGAAUUAAGACUAACAUGGUAAAAAAUCCAACUACUGGUUUAGAUCAUAUUGAGAUAUCUGACUUUCGGCUAAAGCUCUCAAUUACUAAAGGAACACUUCAUCUUGACAAUCUUUUUGGUGGAGAUCCUGUUCUUGGUGAAGUUGUUAAUAACGCAAUUAACAAUAAUUUUGAAUCGUUUAUAAGAGAACUGCAACCAUUAAUAGAAAAAGCGUUGUCUGAUGCCUUUCUCGAAAUUGCAAACAGUAUAGUCAGGCCGUUCUCUUUCAAACAACUCUUCCCGGAUAAUUAAAAUACUAAUAGUAAUUAUUAUUCAAAUACAAAAAUUAUGUUUCGACUGUACAUGUAUUUUAAAAAAUACAUUAACACUCUUCAUACGAAUUUAGCUUAUGAUUCUAAAAUAUAUUUGAAUAUAAGAAAGACAUAUUUCCGUACAAUUUUCAAAACAAAAUAUUUAAAUUCGAUGAUCCCAUUAAAGAUGUCAUUAAUUUGUACACCAAGUCUUGUGAAAUUAGACUUUAUUUUGUAAAGUUUAUAAUAUCAUGAUAUUUAGUAUAAUGUAAGUUUAACUGUAAACGAAAUACCAAGAGAACAAUUGUACCCUUUGUUGAUAUAAAUUUUGUUCUGCCUGUCAUUCUUUAAAAAAAUUUUAAAAGCCAAUACCACAGAUGGAUCUUAAAAUACUUAUUGUAACACAUUUUUUCUUAAUUUUGUAUAUAAGUUAAAAAUAAUAAUUGUCUCUUAAAAAAUUACUUAAAAUUAAGUCCGGAAAAUAAAAUACGAAUCUGCUAUAUAAUAAAUUAAUUCAACAUUCGGGGGUAUAUGUUCUCAAGAAAGACCACAUUUUUUCAUGAAAAAUCUAAAAUCAUUUAAAUAGUUGAUGGACUACGAAUAUAGUCUGUAAAAUAUUUCAUAAUUCACUUAAUAUAAUAAAAUGUACCAAAUCAAUCAGUGAACCGAAUUUUCUUUACCAGGUGAUAUUUUGUAAAAUUUUUAAAAAUGACCAUAAAUAGGUUUAACUCAGAAACUUAAUUCUCUUCUUUUCAUCGUCUGCUAUUAGCACUUAUAUCUAUUGUUUAUUUCACUUUUAUGUAAAAUUAACCAAAAACAUAUCCUCUUAGUUUAAAAUGAUAAAAAUAACCAAUGAUUUUAAUAAUCAUGUCAUAACUAUCUUAUCUAGUAUAUCGUUACCAGACAUUUUUCCGACAACAAUAUUUCGAAUGUUUAUUUUCCGAACGACUUUCUUUCUGAAUUAUUUUUUCCGAAUGUUUUUUUUGAAAAACAUUUUCCGAAUGUAUUAUUCCAAAUAGUUUAGACUGCAUUUCAUGGGCAGAAAAAUUCGCGGAGAUUUGGCGAUAUACAAACACGCGAUACAUUGACUUGACGAAACAGCGAUUUUAAAUUUGCAGUAUACCCUGAAUGUUAAACGUCAUGAGUUUCUAUUAUUUAAAGUAUUUUUAAUUUAAAAAACAUAGCUUACUGCUAAUAAAAAAAAGAAAAACACUUCAUUUGGAUGAUUUGAGGUUCCACAAUUAUUUAAGGAUGGCUGCAACAAAUUUAGAAAGUUUGCUCUAAUUAAUUGUUCCAGAGAUUCUCAAGAAAUUCGUCCUGCGAGAGCUUAUAUUAGCUGCUCAAUGUUUAAUUAUGACCUUUAGGUCUCCUUUUUCUCUUUUUGACUGUAAAAUUUAAUGCUAAUGUAAACUUUAAUAUAAACUUACCUUAGCUUUACUGUGUAAGCUUACUGUAAUGGCGGAAGUUUUAAGAUGACCUCGAGUUUACUGUAGGCUUACAUGGUAACGUUACAAACCCUACAUAUAUAUCCUUACAGUAACCUCACAGCAAAAAGUCGUGCUAUGUGGAAAUUUUUAUGAAUUCGAAAUAAACGAUUUUAAAAUUUGUCAAAUAUGAUCCGUUGUGUAUAUGUAGAAAUUAUUAAAUAAAUUUAAAAAUUUUAAUUGAAUUAAUUCAUAAUUAAAUUUAAUAAAUAAUACUAUGCGAUAGUGCAUAGUUAAUAUACAAAAAUUUUUUAAUCUCAUUAAAGAAACUCAUUUUAAAUUCAUAAUUUUUUGGAAAAUAGCUAUUUUAAAUAUAUACGUUAGGCUUAAAAACCGAAUACGCUCAUUGAGCGAAAACAUAUCCAUUGCAAUCAGAGCACUUAUGAGCUCCAGAGGUCUCUUUUUCACAAAUGACGCUUUGUUUAGAAUUUACAUCGCCACCUUCAUUUUCUAAAUUAUGUGGAACUUCCUUAUGUCGAUUUAUGGAAGACAAAAGUAGUUCCAGUUCUUUUUCUGUUUCUACAGACGCUUAUAUGUCAGCUGGAAGGGAAGAAUCCGCUAGUCCUAUUUUUUGUGAUGUUCCAAACAUGUCCUGAUAGGGACUUGUUUUCAUCACUGCAUGUAGAGAACGGUUUUUUUUUACUUUGAAUAAAUCGCAGUCCUUCUGACCCACGUUCAAAUGUGUAGUUUGCAAAUGUCAAAAAGGUCACAGGCCUCGCAAAAAUAUCGUAUUUUCGAAUCUUUCGAACCAACAGAUUUUACUUCUACUACAUUUUAUUGAAUUUAUUUUGAACUAUAAUAUAAUCGUUGAAGUUAUUGACAUACUUAUAAGAGAAAAUUAAUCAAUUAAGUAUCAAAGCAUGAAAUAGGUAAUUAACGAACAGGUUGUUUAUAAAUAACAAAAUAUGCUGUGAUUAUUAAAACGCGUAAUGGUCAAAUAUCAAAAAAGCCAGAACGCGUUGUGGCAUUCAUUAAUUACCAUAACGCGUUGUGGUAGAAUAUUAUAACAUCCAGAAAGCGAAUUUCGCGUUGUGGCCCUUUUUCAAUUUCCACAACGCGUUUAGAGCAUUUUUUCUUAUGCUAUAACACGAAUUUCGUGUUGUGGUCGAAUCGAAGGAGCCACAACGCGUUAUGGUCGAUGUUUUUGCUCAAUGAGCGUUUUCGGUCUUUGAGCCUAACAUAUACAUAUAUAGGUUUCUGCUUCCGGUGACUCGAUAACAUCAAUGUCGUAUCAGUAAUUAGUACAACGAGUAAUAUUAUUUACGAAGUUUGUAGGGCCUUUUUUAAAGAACUUACAGACAAUUGUAUUACCGCACCGGCGAAAUACACUUCUAAAAAAUGGUUAAAAAUUGUAAUUUUUUCUGAGCCAAAAGAUGAAAAACAAAAUUACAUAAAUUUUUAAACAUUAUAAUACAUAAAUAGUGUAUUUAUUUAAUUACAGCGACAAUAGCACAUUCGCUAGUUAUGCUUGUCGCCAGGAAUUUUUCACCCCAUGAAAUUUCACUUUUAUAUAUUCUGAUUACAAUGCAAUGUUUUAAAUAAAAGAAAAUUAACAGUUGA